ACUUGACUUGAUUUUUAAAUAGUCAUAUAAAGAUUCCAAACAUGUUGAAAAAGGCCCCUCGGAAUAAGCUGAAAUCUCUCGCGAAGAAGAAACCGCAUGUUCGAGUCGGUACAAAUACAGACUUGAUGGUCCAAUUGAACGUGCUGCUCUUCCUUCAUCGAUUAGCGGAGGAGUCCAGGGCCAAAGCGUUCGAGGAGAGGACUGCCACCAUCAAACCGCAUCACAUUAAGGCUGUGUCUAAGAAAUUGUUAAAAGGAGCCAGAGGAUGAAGAGGAGAAAGAGAUGAUAUUCUUCAGAAGCGAAUGUUGAUGGCCUACAUCACAAUUGUAUAGACAGGCAUGUGUAAACUGAAGAUUUUGAUUUCAGUUUUGCAUUCUGGGAU